ACAUGUUAAUGCAGAGUUGUGGAAUACUCACCUUUCCUUUACUCCUACUGUUAUCUUCUCUGUUGUCUCCACUGGUGACCUGACACAGAUUGAGCUGCACAGCCUUCUACACACAGGCCUCACUGAAGAAGAGGAACUAAUCAUGACCAGUGAGUUUGACAGGCGGGCCGUGUUCCAGGCGACAAAAGUCAAAACAUCUCUGAAACAAGAUGGAAGCUGGAUUCACAGAUCUCAAGUGGAUCUAGACACACAAUUAAAUAAACAACAAACACACAAACCACCAGUUCCAGUAAAGCCUUUGUCAUCAGCUGAGAGCAGUCCAGUGUCUAUGCCAUCUGCCCAGAGCCCCGCCUCCUCCAGCCAGGACUCACCCAGAACCCAUCAAAGAUCCUAUGUCCUGUCAGCCUUAAAGACAUUUGAGGCAAUAGAGACUCCUGCUGACAUUCUAGUAGAGGAAGUAGUAAAGAUACCGGUAUACACACGUGUACAAAAAGCAUUGAAGACACCUGCAGAAAAAACAGUGGAGAUUGCCACACAUGUAGAGGAAGCAUCGAAAACACUUGCAGAUACUCCUAUAGAGGAAGCAAUGGAAACUCUUAUUGUUACGCAUGUAAAAGGUGCAUUUAUGACACCUGAAGACACUCCUAAAGAAGAAGCAGUAGAGACACUUAUUGUCACCCAUGUAGAGGAAGCACUGAAGACACCAAUUGACAUACCUUUAGAAGAAGGAGUGGAAACAGUUAUUGUCACACAUGUAAAAGAAGCAUUGAAGACAUCAGCAGACACUCCUGUAGAGAAAGCAGAGGAGACACUUACCAUUACACAUGUAGAGGAGACACUGAAGACACCAAUAGACACACCUGUUGAGGAAACAGUGGAGAUACAAGUAUACACACGAGUACAGGAAGCACUGAAGACACAAGCACACACUCCUGUAGUGGAGACAGGUAUUAUCACACAUGUAGAAGAAGCAAUGAAGACACCUGUAAACAAUCCUGUAGAAGAAACAGUGGAGACACAUAUUGUUACAAAUGUAGAAGAUUCUGUGGAGAUGCCAGUUUAUACACGUGUACAGGAUGCUUUGAAGACACCUGUAGACUCUUAUGAAGAGGAAGCAUUGAAGGCAUCUGCAGACAUGGCUUCAACAGAUCAUGGACCUUACAGUGAAGCACUGCUGGAGAGAGCAGUGGAAACUCUAGUCAAGAACCCAGCAGAAACAUCAGAACUGACUGUAGGACCCAGUGUGGCAGCCCCAGCAGAGCACCACAGACUGAACAGCCAAGCUGGAGAUAACACUCAUUCAACCUAUCAGCUGGCUCCAGCAAAUCAGGGAGAGGAAUCAAAAAUAAUAAUUUUGAAUGGUAAGACCAUAUGUACCUUCUGUAAGCUGCCCAUAGAUGGAAAUGUGAAAAUCACAGCCAACAUUCCUGCCAUUUCCAGCCAUCCGGAUUGUUUCAAGUGUGAUGGUUGCAGCAAGUUUAUGGGUAAUCUCUUGUCACCUAUGUUCCACUAUGCUGGGAAAAUCCUCUGCAAGAGAUGCUUUGAUAAAAUAUUCCUUCUCGAAUAAGUCCACUGCUAACAAUCCAUCACAACUUGUAGCCACAACAACCAAGCACACCUCAGAGCUUGUCACCAAGGUUAUUUUAAUUCAGCACUGUGACAAUAAUUAAAAAAAUUCUUCAGUUGAGGAACUGCUGUCAUGGGUGUACGGCACAUGUACAACACUGUGUUCUACAAAUGUUCAUUAUUAUGCGUAUUUAUGUACAAGAUCAUGAAUGUAACUAAAUGGGGGGACAAAUGUAAACUUUUGGAAUCAGUCAUUGAAAAACCAAGAAUGACCAGUAUUCUGGGGUGAUGGGGGGCAUGUUCUCCUUAAUGUCUAUGGUUUAUCUAGAGUAUGCAUGUCUUCAUAUUCAUAUUACUUUUUUAUCCUCUCUGGAAUUAAUAAAGUAUCGCUCUAAGUAUAUUGCAAACUAUUCCUCACUGUUGACAUGAAUGUUCAGGUAUCUUGGGUCAUUUUAGGUUUGAAUUGUCUGGGUCCUAAAUUAACAUUUGCCAUCAGCCAAAAGCGAAUCAUAACUGGCUUUGGCGAGUAAAUAAAACAGAAU